CAUUCUUGUUGGCAGAUUCUGAAAAACUAUUCAUCAUGGCAGUGAUGAGAGCUCUUAUGUUUCUUUUCCUGGUCUUUUAUGUGGAGCAUGCAGUAGCUAAAGACUGCCCAUAUGGAUGGACGCCUUUUGGUGUAAAUUGCUACAAAUUCUUUUCUCAGCAAGUUGAAUGGGCCACGGCUGAGAUAAAGUGUCAAAUGAAUGGUGCGAAUCUGGCAUCUGUGCGCAGUAAAGUACAAAACGAGUUACUCAAGACUCUGAUAACUGGGGACAAAAGUACUUGGAUUGGUGGUCAUGAUGGUGAAACGGAUGGACAAUGGUUGUGGACUGAUGGAUCUCCAUUUGACUUUACCAGCUGGUGCGCCAAUGAACCUAACAAUUAUGAGGGUAAACCAGAGAGCUGCCUGGAGAUGCACUGGUCCAGUAGCCGCUGCUGGAAUGAUCGAUUGUGUAACAGCACAGCUGGCUUCAUUUGUGCUCAAGCUCCCUGAGAUCAGGCACGUGCACACAUAGACAUCAAAGGGGGCUUGAGCACCUGCCCUUUUUAUUCCUGUAGAGAAAGUGCCCUUUUUUUCUUGGGUGCUUUUAAAAAAAAA